AUGGAAGGACUUGAGUCGAAUUUGGAUAUACACGGGGUUCCAAGGAAGAACGUGACUGAGGUGACGAUGUUUAUAUUGAUGGGCUUUACAGAUGAUUUUGACCUGAAAGUUGUAUUAUUUUUACUCUUUCUUGCAAUCUAUCUUUUUACUCUAGUAGGAAAUUUGGGCCUGGUUGUACUGGUCAUUGUAGAUGCCCGCCUCCACAAUCCCAUGUACUAUUUUCUCAGUGUCUUAUCAUUUUUAGAUGCCUGCUAUUCUACAGUAGUGACCCCCAAAAUGUUGGUCAAUUUCUUAGCAGAAGAUAAAUCCAUUUCGCUCUAUGGAUGUGCAGCGCAGAUGCUCUUGUUUGUUACUUUUGGGAGCACAGAAUCAUUUCUAUUGGCUGCAAUGGCUUAUGAUCGCUACGUCGCCAUCUACAACCCUCUCCUCUACUCUGUGCGCAUGUCACCCAGAGUGUAUGUGCCCCUCAUCAUAGCCUCCUAUGUUGGUGGUCUUGCCCAUUCUAUCAUACACACAGCGGCCACUUUUAGCCUGUCUUUCUGUGGAUCCAAUGAAAUCAGGCAUGUCUUCUGUGACAUUCCCCCAUUACUUGCUAUUUCUUGUUCUGACACUCAGUUAAACCAGCUUCUACUCUUCUACUUUGUGGGAUCCAUUGAGCUGGUCACCAUUCUGAUAGUCCUGGUCUCCUAUGGUUUUAUUCUAUUGGCCAUUCUGAAGAUGCCUUCAGCUGAAGGGAGGAGAAAAGUGUUCUCCACCUGUGGCUCUCACCUGACGGGAGUGUCCAUUUAUCAUGGGACGAUCCUCUUCAUGUAUGUGAGACCAAGUUCCAAGCAUGCCUCAGAGCAUGACAUGAUCGUGUCGAUAUUUUACACCAUCGUGAUCCCCAUGCUCAAUCCCGUCAUCUACAGUUUGAGGAACAAAGAUGUGAAAGCAGCAUUUCUAAGAAUGGUAGAGAGAUAUGGCUUCAUCACUAAAGUACACAUUUAG